CAUUAUUUUGGUGCAUAUAUUAAAGGGAAUUAAAGAUUUCUCCCUUUUUCAUCAAACAAUAGAUUUUUCUAGAUAUAAAGUUUGUUUUUUUUUUUUCACUUAAAAAAAAAAAAAAGGCGUAUAAGUAUACCCUGGUUUUCAAGAUUCAAUUGCAUUUUCUUCAAACCCAUCUAUCAAAUCUCUUUCAAGCUUCUCAUCUACUAACCGAUGUUUAUUAAGGUUUGGUUACAAGUAUUAAAAAGGAUUUCUUCUUAAAUGGGGAAGCAGCGUCUUCUUGGUUCGGUAUGUGCAACUGUACUCAUCCUUUCUUGUCUCUGUGUGCGUAUGUGUGUAUAUAUAUAUAUAUGUGUGUGUGUACAUACACUGAACAAUAUUAUAUUAUUGCAGACUUGUAUUCUGGAAGUAGAUCUCCGGUGUUGCAAGGCAUGUCCAUUGAGAGUAAAAAAAAAGUUGCAGAAAAUUACUGGUGUAAAUUCCAUCACCAUAGACGUAGAAAAAGGAACAAUAGCAGUUGCCGGUGAAGUAGAUCCACCUACAAUCAUCAACGCAAUCUCAAAGCUUGGAAAAAGAUCUGAGCUUUCAUCAUUUCAAAAGAACCCCACAACUACCGCUACUAAUGUUUCAAAGAAACCUCAGUCCAAUACUAGCCCAGGUUCAAAGAAACCUGAUCAGCAGGCCAAAAAGAACAUCCAAACUUCCCAAGCUAACAAGUCUCAAAAAGGAGGCACAAAUCGAGAUUGUGGUUGUCAUGGUGAUGAUUCAGAUUCGGAUUCUGAUGAUGAUGAUGAAGAUCAUGAUCAUCAUAAUAAUAAAAAUAAGGGUCACCAUAAUGGUCAUGCACCGCAUAGGCCUAAAGGGAUUAAUGCUCCUCCUCCUCAUCCAAUGUAUAAUUCCCAUCACAAUAACAUAAUUUAUAGCAAUGGCUACUUCUCUCCAGUGUCACUGCCUUAUCAAUCAAUGGCAAGGCCUUACGUGGGAUAUGGUUCUGGCCAUCAUCAUUACUUUCGACCGGCAAUGUUCGGGAGGCCUCCGCCGCCGCUGCCUGUGGUACCUCCAUAUGGACAUGGUUCUUACCAAUUGCCAAUGGCACCACCACCACCACCACCACUACCUCGGCCUCCUCCUAUGUAUGGAUAUCAUAACCAGCAACAGCGGGAACCGCCAGUCGGCAACUCUGUUUUGCACCUUUUCAGCGAUGAUAAUACUAGUACUGAGGAGGCAUGCUGUAUAAUGUGAGCCAUUUAUUUAUACAAUAGCAAAUUAUUUGGUUAUUCAACCUUUAUGUACUUUUUU